ACGUCGCGAAAUUGUCAAAUGUAUGAGUAAUCUGUCUACAUUGAGCCACAUCACCUGUUUAUUUCAGUCUUUUAAACUUGUUGACAACAAACCAGCUACAUUCAUCUGCACCGGACACCAAUAACCAUCAGCACCAUGGGACGGGGAUCCAAGACCUCAAGGGGCAGCAGUUUUCGGUACCGCACCAUUUCUUCCACCUCUGAUGUUGAUGAAACCUUGUUUGGGAGCCCAACACAAGUUUCAUCACAUUUAGACAAAUGUGGGAAGUCCAAAGCCAAGAAACAGCAGAAAGAAACCCAGAAGAACCAAGAUGGAGAGACAAUUCAAAUCGUCACCAAAGACCUCAUUCGCACCCUCAGGAUCCCCAAAGAGUCUCCUUCAGGAGAUUCCAUCAUUAUACCUUCAACUGAGUUUGAACGCAUCACAUCAAACUCCCAAAUUCUCACCAAGGAAGAGAGAGAGGCCCAGAAGGCGACUCGUGAGAAGAAGAAAGAGGAAGAACAUAAAAAAGCUGAGGAAAUGAAGCGUCGAAUGAUGGAGCUAGACAUGUCCCGUAAGCAGAAUCCUCUGAGUGAGGAAGAGGUAGAGGCCCGGGAAACCCAGAAUCGCUUGGUGGAGAGGGCCAACCAGUUACAGCUGGAGGAAGACGAGGAGAUCAGAACGUUCAACCAGCUGAUUCUAAAUGCCAAGUGUCGAGCCAUAUGUGACGCCCAGAUGCAGGAAAAGAAACUGUGCCAGGCCGAGUAUUUAAAAGAGGAGAAGCGCCUGGAUGCCAUGAUGGAAGCGGUGCGCCGCAAGGCCUUGGAGAAUGAGGCAGAGAUUUGUGAGCUGCGCAAACAACAGAGAAUCAGCAAGAUGCAGGAAAUUCGUGACCAGAUCCAGAAACAUCUGGAUGACGAGAUAAUUCAGAACGAGAUGAAAGAGCAGGAGAAGCAGCAGAUACGAGAGAACCAGGAGAAGAUGGACCUGGAAGAUCUCAAGUACCUGGAAAAGAAGAAAGAGGCGCAGCAGCGCCUGCAUGAGGAGGUCAUGCGCAUCAAUGAGGAGACCUCACGGGCCAAGGAGCAGAGGAUGGAGGAGGAGAAGCUGGCUGACAUGAAAGAUAUGGAAUACAACCGGAAAAAAAUGGAGAAGGAGGCAGAAUAUGAAGCAGAGCAGAGACGAAUCAAGAAGGAGAAGGACUUGGAGAUUGCCAGGCUGAGAGCUCAGCAUGAAAAAACUAAAGAUCGCAAAGCAGAGGAGGAUGAGCUCCAUGCUCGGAGGCACCAAGAAAGCACAAACAGGGAGUGGAGGAGAAAAGAGUUAGAGCUGGCUGAAAAGAAAGCCCAGGAGGAGGCAAAGCUGAAAGUGGCUCGCUUGGAGCAGGUUCAAUAUAAAGAGCGCUUCCUGUCUAUGGAGGCCGGACGGAAGAAGGCAGAGUUUGAGAGGGUGCUGAAGGUGGAACAGGAGGCGAUUCUCAAAGAGAAGGAGUUGAAGGAGAAGCGGUGUCAGGAGGCCCGGCGUCAUGCGGAGGAAAUGCGACAGCAGGUGAAAGAACAUGAGCUCUUAGCCAUAGCGAAGCGCAGAGAGACCUUCAGGGAGGGCGAUGGGUUGAUCGAGCAAGCCCGGCAGAGAAGUAUGCGCCUUAAUGAGAUUAAAGAGAGGAAGCUGCAAGAGCUCAAGGCUGCAGGGCUCUCUGAAAUGUACUGCAGUGAAGUGGAAAGGAAAGCCCGAGCUGGACUCAAGAAGCCAUCAUAUUUUCUUAAGAAGUGAAAAUGUUUUAAGUAUUAAUGUAACUUUAAUAUGUAUAGGAAUGAACCAAUAAAAAGUGUUUCAAGAGCCUUUCA